AUGGACUCGGGUGAUUCUAAAGACGUAUCUUCCAGGAGGAGAAGCGCCAGACAGGCAUCCAAGACAGAAUUGAAGAAUUUGCAGAAACCAGUCACCUCAAAAGCAAGUCCACCCUCCUCCUCUAAAGUCUGGACGUCGUAUGUGUGCAAGCUUCUUCUGUGGUCUCUGAUACUGACAGGAUUACUGGCUUUGGGCUUUUUGGCUUAUCAAAAGUUCUUAUGCUCAUUGCCUCAAAAUGAUGUGGUCCAUCCUAAACCAGUGGAGAAAUUUGAUCUGGAUUUAGCAGCUCUACAGGAUCUUUUUCCCAGUCAGCGCUCAGUGUUCUGGAAGAGGAGUGGGAAACAUCUUAAGAGCCACCUGGAGAUGGUCAACCCCUCUGAACCGGUCAGUGUAAUUUUGACUGCUGGCCUUAAAGCUGAAAGGACGUUGGGCUGCCUUGCUCGAAGCUUAGCCAUGACGUACUCCGCUACCCAUAAUGCUUCGAUCUUAGAAAUCGAAGGAACCACCAAAAGAACACAAGACAGUAACCAGGUCAAGCUGGAGAUUGAUGAAGCGCUGAGGGAAGCAUUUGAAGGUGAUAAACCUGCAGCUGUUGUGCACCGUUUUGAGGAGCUCCCUCCUGGAUCUACGCUUAUAUUCUAUCGUUACUGUGACCACGAGAAUGCUGCUUACAAGAAGGUUUUCCUGGUCUUCACAGUGAUGCUUUCGGUGGAUGAAAUAGCCCCGACGACCAGUCUAAGUGCAGUGGAGGACAUGGUACAUGACCAGGUUAAACAGAAGUUUGUCACUUCAAACAAAUCCACUAUGUUUAAUCAAAUGGAUGUGGAUAAACUGAGUGGACUGUGGAGCAGAAUUUCUCACCUCAUCCUGCCAGUGGCUGCAGAAGAGAAAAUUGAACAGCAGGGUUGUAAGGCAUAACCUUGUGGAAAAUCAUAAGAUUGCAUCACUCUGUUGGGCUGGAAAAGUCAUUUUGUAGAGUUUGGAGUUAAAGUGGUCUAGUUCAUGGAUGUGCGGACCACAUAAAUGUACAUAGAGGAUCUUUAUUCCAAAGAGGUUUUUAAAAAUGUAUUUGUUAUAAAUGUUUUAUACAAAUGGUUUUGUAUUUGCCUACAUGUUGGUUCUUUGUUUCCUUUGAUAAAAUGCG